AUGGUGCGAAUAUCGACGCGUAGCAGCCAGACCCUCACGUUUCUCGACACCGAGGAGACGGACCUGAUCGGCGCGGAUACUCAGGGCAGCGAAUUCGACUUCUCGACUUCAACGUUGCCGUCGCAGAGUCAGACCCAGGCCUCGCAACACGACGCGACCCAGACACAGUCCAGUCAACCCGUUCAGGUAAAUGGAACAAAUGGUACUUCAUCGUUGGAUUUAAAAAUUUCUGGAGCAGCCCAAAGCCUUGCCGAGUUGCAAUUUGAGGAAGAGGAAGAGGAAGCAUAUUAUAAUCGUGAUUUACCUGAAUAUGCAUGUAAAUAUUGCGGUAUCCACGAGGCAUCAUGCGUGGUUAUGUGUAAUGUUUGCCGAAAAUGGUUCUGCAAUGGACGCGGUAAUACAUCAGGAUCACAUAUUAUCAAUCAUCUUGUUCGUGCUAAACACAAGGAAGUUACGUUACACAGAGAUGGCCCUCUUGGAGAAACUGUUUUGGAAUGUUAUUCCUGUGCUACAAGAAAUGUUUUUGUAUUGGGUUUUAUUCCUGCUAGAGCUGAUUCUGUAGUUGUGCUGCUUUGUCGCCAACCAUGUGCGGCACAGAGUUCUUUGAAAGAUAUGAAUUGGGAUCAAGAGCAAUGGAAACCUUUGAUUGAAGAUCGUAGCUUUUUAUCUUGGCUAGUGAAAAUUCCAUCUGAACAAGAGCAGUUGAGAGCUAGACAGAUCUCAGCACAGCAGAUUAAUAAAUUGGAGGAGUUAUGGCGAGACAACGUCGAUGCUACUUUCCAAGAUCUUGAAAAGCCUGGAGUAGAUGAGGAACCGCAGCAAGUUUUGUUACGCUAUGAGGAUGGUUAUCAGUAUCAAAAUAUUUUUGGUCCGCUUGUAAAAUUGGAAGCUGAUUAUGACAAACGGUUAAAAGAAUCUCAAACUCAAGAGAAUAUUGAAGUACGGUGGGAUGUUGGAUUAAAUAAGAAGACUAUUGCAUACUUUUUGCUAGCUAAAACGGAUGGUGAUAUGAAAUUGAUGCAUGGAGACGAAUUGAGACUCCGUUACUUGGGAGAACUUCAUAAACCUUGGUCCGGAAUUGGACACGUGAUUAAGAUCCCGGAUAAUUACGGGGAAGAAGUCGGAAUUGAAUUGAAAAAUAAUUCUGGAGCGCCAACAGAAUGCGUCAGUAACUUCGUUGUUGAUUUCAUUUGGAAGAGUACGAGUUUUGAUAGAAUGCAGUCUGCAUUACGCAAGUUUGCUGUUGAUGACACAUCCGUAUCGGCUUACAUAUAUCAUAGACUACUAGGUCAUGAAGUAGAAGAAGUUUUGUUCCGUUGUCAUCUCCCUAAGCACUUUAGUGCGCCAAAUUUACCCGAUUUGAAUAGAUCGCAGGUGUACGCUGUAAAACAUGCAAUACAACGACCCUUGUCUUUGAUUCAAGGACCACCUGGAACAGGUAAAACCGUAACGAGUGCUACCAUAGUUUAUCAAUUGGUAAAACAAAACGGUGGUCCAGUUCUUGUAUGCGCUCCUUCCAAUACUGCUGUCGAUCAAUUAACCGAGAAGAUACAUAAAUCAAAUCUGAAAGUCGUACGAUUAUGUGCCAAAUCACGAGAGGCCAUUGAUUCGCCGGUGAGUUUCCUCGCAUUGCAUAAUCAGAUAAAAAACAUGGAGACGAAUACUGAAUUGCAAAAGUUACAACAAUUGAAGGACGAGACUGGCGAACUUUCAAGCGUUGAUGAAAAACGUUAUAGACUCUUGAAGAAAGCGGCGGAAAAGGAGCUUCUGGAAGCAGCAGAUGUAAUUUGCUGCACAUGCGUAGGCGCUGGUGAUCCUAGAUUGCAUCGAUUAAAGUUUCAUUCUAUACUUAUCGAUGAGAGUAUGCAGGCUACCGAACCGGAGUGCAUGGUGCCUGUCGUUUUAGGAGCGAAGCAAUUGAUCCUUGUUGGUGAUCACUGUCAAUUGGGUCCAGUGGUGAUGUGUAAAAAAGCCGCCAGAGCUGGUUUGUCACAAUCUCUGUUUGAAAGACUGGUGGUGUUGGGAAUUAGACCUUUCCGUUUGGAAGUACAAUAUCGUAUGCAUCCUGAUCUUUCGCGAUUCCCAUCUAAUUUUUUCUACGAAGGUUCCCUGCAGAAUGGCGUUUGCGCUGACGAGAGAAAAUUAUUAAAGAUUGAUUUUCCCUGGCCUGCAGUAGACAAACCAAUGUUCUUUUAUGUCACGCAAGGUCAAGAAGAGAUAGCCGGAAGCGGAACAUCCUAUUUGAAUCGUACCGAAGCGUCUAAUGUGGAAAAAAUAACGACGCGAUUCUUACGUUGUGGUGUAAAGCCGGAACAGAUCGGAGUGAUAACCCCAUACGAAGGUCAGCGGGCUUAUCUUGUGCAAUACAUGCAGUAUCAAGGUUCUCUGCAUUCGAAACUGUAUCAGGAAAUUGAAGUAGCAAGUGUGGACGCUUUUCAGGGACGCGAGAAAGAUAUAAUAAUAAUGUCUUGCGUACGAUCCAAUGAACAUCAGGGUAUUGGGUUCUUGAAUGAUCCCCGAAGAUUAAAUGUGGCGCUGACUCGCGCGAAAUACGGUAUCAUCAUUGUAGGGAACCCUAAGGUACUUUCGAAACAGCCACUCUGGAACCAUCUGCUCAGCUUUUACAAGGAGCAAAAGGUGCUGGUCGAAGGACCGUUGAACAAUCUAAAGGAAUCCAUGAUCCAAUUUGCUAAACCAAAAAAACUCGUGAACGCGGCCAACCCAGGUUCGCAUUUCAUGUCCACGUCAAUGUACGAUGCUCGCGAAGCCUUGAUUCCUGGAUCAGUAUACGAUCGCUCUGGCACGCAGGUGAACGGCAUGCAGAAUCAUAAUCCAUACUAUCAGAGAAACGUGCCGCUCGACAUUUUCAGUCGCACCCACGAUACCAUCAGCUACAUCAGCCCGGAACGGGCGCAGGCGGCGAUGAACAACAUGCCGGUACCGCUGGGUAUGUUCAUGAACAUGGCGCACGUGCCGCCACGCUUUUAUAAUCAACAUCAACAGGCGUUGCAGGCGCGUCAGAAUCAAAGAAAUCGACGUGGUGCCGCCGCUUUGGUAAGAAACAAGUCCGGUCCGCGUAUGGGUAAGCUGAAUAGUCAAACAGAACAAAAUACGCAACCGUAUAGCCAACCGGGUCUGCCGCUGACCCAGGGUACGACGCAGGGUAUGUCUCAGCCCGGCUUCAGUCUCUCGCAGCCUGGUCUCAGUCAAGCGGAGCUCUCUCAGGAUUCGUUCGCCGUUGGUGAAUUCCAGUCCCAAAUGGACGGUCUGCUGUCGCAAGACUCAACCUAUCAGGGCGAUCGAAGUGGUUUCUAUCAAUCGGGCCAAUCGCAAGCCGGAGGACAAUUCUCGCAACCCUACUGAGCCGAGACCUACCUACGGCUGAGCAAAGCAAUUGCCAUGCCAUGAAGGCUCGUUCGACCAAUUCUUCUUCGACCAACAACCACAAAUCACUAACUGCGCAAAACGGUAAAACGGCUCGACGAUCGAGUACGAUAUUAUUGCAGCAUAUGCUCAUGUCGUCGACGUGAGAGAAAAGGGGAAUGUGAAAGGAGAACGAAAGUUCCAUAAGCUAAUUCGCCGUUGGCGGACUCCACCAUGGACGAAAACGCGCAAGGCUCAUGAUAAUCUACUGACUGUAACACACAAGUGCGACAAGGACGAACAAAGGACAUCCACACAGGCUGGAAAACGACAAACGACAAACCACCAAUCACCGUGAUCACGCGCUUACCGUGAACGGAUCAUUUUAUGGCGAGGAUGUCGCGUAAUGCUAGAAUUUAAAAAAAAUAUGUAUAAAAGAUAAAAAUAUAAAAUGUAAAAA